AUGGUCUUGAAGGCCCACCUAAGAUUUUACGGGAAGUACUUGAUCCCGGAGAUCGCCGUCACCGUCCUCAUGUUUGCCUGCUUCUCCGCCAUGGCGGCCCUCAUCCCACGCCUGCUGUGCAACGCGGAUGCCAAGGACUCUAUGUCGAUGAUCGUAGGCUUCAAGAGCUGCGUGUUGAAGGGAUGGAACACAGGGAAUGUUGUGACAUCCAGGGGCGCCGCCAUCUUCUGGCUCAUCUUCUACGCCGUCCAGUACAGCUGGCUCACUGUGUUCCCCACCAUCAUUGGGAAGGUGCUCUGCCCCAAGGGUUUCCAGCGGAAGCACCUGAUAGCCUGCUCGGUCUGUGCCGCAGCGUGCGCCAUCGUCGUGCUUGUGGCUGUCCCUCUGACGCACUGGAGCUUCAGCAACCUGUGGCUGACCUUCUUGUCGACGUGGACUUCCUGCACCGCCGUGUUUGUGAUCGCACAAGUCGUCCAGCUCCACACCGGCAGCAAGAUCAUGGGCUACCGCUGGAUUGCGCUCAUGUUUUUCUGCGCCGGCGUGACCACGGUUCUGAUCACCGCACGCUCCUCUACCGCGCUGAAUGGCAUGGGUCUCACCAUCGUGCGCCUCUUCAUCCACCCCGUCAUCUGGAGCGCGGUCAUGAUGCUCUUCCGUCAGUUCAUGCUGCACAGCGGAUCCGUGCCCGACCUCAUGCAAGUCUGCUUCGUGCUCUACCCGGCCCUCUACUCCUCCAUAUUCGGUCGCUUCCUGCUUCUCCAGUUGGACUCGGUGGGGUCUGUCUUCCUCAUCAACCUCAUGCAGUGCUCGCUGCAACUGGCGGCUCGCCUGUCGGACCGGGGCGCCGACGACCUUUGGAUGAGCACCCUGUAUGGCGCGCGCGGCGCAGAGGCCAUCAAUGCCAGAUAUCUGGUGGAGGAGAUGCGGUUUGUGGAGCUGUUCACGACCUCGCUGGCAGAGAAUGGCGGCAUCCUUGCGGCGUCGGCCCUCAUGUCCUUUGGACGCGUGGGUCUGACGCCUGGCCAGCCUCCCAACCACUCGGCCAUCUGGAUCAAUGCCGGCGGGCAGCUCAUCACGGGCUUUGUGUUCGACUUCAUUGGCCUGUGUGUGGAGGCCAAGUACCACUGCUUUGAGUGGGAGAGGGCCUACCCCAAGUCCAUCAAACGCGUAAUGAAGUAUGUCGCCGUCAUCAUCAUCAUCGGCAGCACCAGGCUGGCGGUGGAGCUCAUGCUCCUGUUCUGCCCGCACUACGAUGUAGCCACGGGCGUCACGCUGCACAGCUGCGACCGCCCCUCCCUCUUCCAGGCCAUCAACGUCGCCUUUGCGGUGCGCAACCGCAACACCGCCCUGGGCUCCUAUCUGGACCUCAACUCCACCUCGAGUUUGUGA